GAGACGCGCACCGUCGUCGCCCGGGACCUCGCGGCCGCGGCGUCGCCCUACGACUUCGCCCUGCCGCUGCCGCCGGGCGCGAGCCUCCUCUUCGGCCUGCACCGCGCGUCGGGCCGCCAGGACCGCGACUUCACGCUCGAGGCCGCGGCGCUCGUGAGCGCCGAGGACUUUGGCGGCGGGGACAUCGGCGAGGACGGCGAGUCGGUCCUGGAGGUGCCGCUCUACGACGACGAGCACGACGCCACGGGCCGCGUCCUACUCCUGGGCGACCCGCGGAUCGCGUCGCGCGCGGACUUCGAGAAGGCCGAGGCGACGCUGCGGCGCGACGCCGUCCUCGUCUACGAGCGGCGGAAGGACGACCCCGCGGCGCACACGUGGUCCGCCUUUUUUUGCACGGCGGGGGGCCUGGCCUGCGAGGGCGGCGCGGACGACGCGUUCUGCAGCGCGGACGACGGAGAGACCAUGACGGGCGGCGCGAUGCUCUGCGGCGACUACCUCGGGCCCGAGUUCGAGGACGAGACGAUCCAGGAGGUGCCGCCCGAGGCGACGGCGCCGGGCCUCGAGAUCGAGCGCGCGGACAGCCCGGGCCCCGCGGGCGUCGCGCGCGUCGACGGCGGCUGGAUCCGCCUGGGCUGCGCCGUGCCCCUGGACGCGGACGACCCCAAGGCCCACGUGCCCCGGCCCGCGAGCCUCGACCUCGCCUACGGCUCCUUCAAGAAGGCCGACGAGCCGGAGCAGGACGUGACCGAGGACUGGCACGUCGCGCCGGACCCGGACGGCGACGAGCACGGCUGGUCCUACGCGGCGGCGCUCCGGAGCGACAAGUGGCACGGCGCCGCGGCGCCCGGCCGGCCCUACCGGCGCCAGAUCUGGCACCGCUUCGUCCGGCGGCCCCUGCGGGCCUACCCGGUCAUCGACGGCGCGCUCUGCGGCGAGCCCCGCUAG